ACACGCGUGCAAGGGGAGACAGGCGCAAUACAUGAGUAUGCCACGAGCGCGCUCGUGUGGACCACAGGAUGCCACAGGGGUGAAAUUUAAAGGGAGGGGCUGCUCUCGCGAAAAUGGCCGUUACGCACGGGGUAGAUCGUCCGGGGGUGGACAAGUGACGGGUGGCUCAUCGUCCGUGUCCUCCGCACCGACCAAUUGACCGAGUGCCUCGCGACGAUUGACACGGUUUACCCGAUCGACGGCUAUUAUGCGGCGGUGGCCAAAAAGCGAUCCCUGCUCUGCUCUUCUUAAACCCCCACCAGACGCGCGACCUUCUAUCCCUUCCGUCAAGAGGUAAGGUCGUCUCUGUUUUGUGCAUCCUAUACGAAACGCGUACGGAUUACAGUUUUUAUACAAUUGUGAUUUGAAAUCUCUCUCCUUCAAAAAGUGUGUGCACGUUGUGGCGCGAAUCUUUGUGCGUGUUUGUGAAAAAAAUUAUCUUGACACUUGCAAAAAAAAAAAAAAAAAUUGGAACAGGGUAACUAUCCCUGGCAGGUGAAAGAUACUGUUAGUAAUCUUUUACAUAUCAAUUAAUUAAUAUUGACAAAUUAUUGUUGAGUUCGCGUUUUCUUCGUAGUGCAUACGAAAAAAAAUUGUUUUUUUUUUUUACAUAUAUUUAUACUCCCCUUAUAUUCAUAACACAGUACAAGAUAUAUAAUUAUAAGUAUCUUGCGCUGGAAGAAUUUUUCACGAAGUAUAAUUUAAGAAUAAUUUUUGAGAUCAAUUAUACAUCGUGCACAGUAAUAUUAUAGCAGUUUCGGUAAUAUUAUCAAAAUGCUGGCAAAUAUUUGUUAAUCGAGACUUAUCUGCCACGCAUGUAUUAACAUGAUAUAUUAACGACACAUUAAAAUAAUAUUUCUCAAUGAAAAUGUUAUCUCUUGUAGAUUAGGCCCACGCUUCAGCAAUGUACAUCAAAAAAGCUAAAUAGAAAAAGAGGAAGGGGAGUAUAAGGAAAAACUGAGGAAGAUGCCUGGCUCCUAUACGGGAGUUGUAAUCCUCCUCUUGUUAGGGACUUCUGUGUCAGUAUCCGGUACAGCGGAUGCUGCCAAGUCUCUGAGAGCGGCGAAGGCCAGGCUCAGAUCGUCUUACGCAUCGUGGCGGAUAGUGGUAUGUUUAACUCAGCCUCAGACUCCUUUCAAGGCAGACGUACAGAAAGCAUGGGAGGAAGCGAGACUGGAAUCUUUUCACGCGGACAUGGAUGUGUCAUAUAUAGAAACAAGGAUGGCACCCAUGACAGAUUCCUUGUUAUAUCCCUUGAAUGUGUUAAGCAAAUUUUGUACAGACAUCGAAGGCGGAAAGACAGUAUUAAGCCUUAUUAUAGGGGGAGGAUCGGCAGCCAGAUUUCUCGUUACGGCUGCUGCCGCCUUGAACCUUCCAGCUCUGUGGUUACCGUUUACGCACAGAGAUUUUCUUCGUCAGGGAAAUCUUGGUCGGUUCGAGAACCGUAUCGGGUCGAGCCCCAAAGAGGUCGGAGCAGCGGCUGCCGCUUUAAUGAAUCGGGCUAACUGGCAUGCGUUUACUCUCCUCAUCGACACCACCCUCCUACCCGUCACCCAUCUUUUGCAAACGAAUCAGCCAACGCUGACACCUCGCGCGAUUAUACACCUCCCGACGAACGACAGAACUCUGAGACUAAGGCUGAGGCGGGUAGCCGAGGAGAACGGCAGCGGCGGGGUCGUAGUGAUGGCCUGCGAUCUGAACAACGCCCGGAAGAUUCUCGGUGCAGCUGGCAAGUUUGAGAUGCUCUCGGGCAGAUUCUUAUGGCUCUGGCUGGAUCUCAAGGCGGAGCUGCGACCGAACGAGCCCAACAUCAUCAGUUCGCACCUCCUUCACAGUUCGCGUGUCGCCGUUGCGUCCAACGAGAAUUCACCGCUGUUGGAGCGAACGACGAAUCUCGCGUCGGACGAUAAGCCGCUACCGCCGAUGAAUCCGCUGCCGAGUCUGGCCAACGACAUACAUCGGUUGCAGGAGUACAGAUGGCGAGACGAGAGGAUCAUGACCAAGCGGGAGGACAAGGGCUUCAAUUUCGACGACGAGGAGGAUGUCGUGAGACUCGCGAGUGACAGGGAGCUCAAUUCCAAGAGUUUCAUGCCGAUCGGGAUGCUCGCGCUCAGGCCGUCCGGUAUCAAGAUCAUGGGCGGCGACACCAUACUGACGAGAAUGCUGAGGGAAACUUCGCAGGCGUUGGACGAGACCUUCCUGGAAACGAAGACGAGAUUGAGUCGUAUGCGCGAAGCGCAGCUCAAAGAGCACUUCGUACCGGAAUGCUUCCCGGAACGCAAUCCUAAAUUUAUGACGAGCGACGCGAGGGAGAAUGUAUCUGCGAUCCUGACGAGCAAACUGAGGAAAUCCAUGGGACAAAUCUCCAAGGACAAGGCAGAGUUCCAACUGCUGAAUUUGCAAGCCGUCAGGUUUCCCGGAAAUAAGACUCAAUUGAGGUGGACCAAGGUCGGCACUAUCAAGGGAGGCAGGGAAGUCCGUUUGGAUACCAUAAUCUGGCCGGGUGGCGGCAUUAUGCCGGCGUAUCUCGAGCAGGGCGGCGAGAAAAUCGGGAUGCCGAUUUAUCGUAUCGUGACCGUGCUGGCGUCGCCGUUCACCAUGGUCACGAGUCUGCAAGAGGGUUUCUGUUUGCGCGGCCUCACCUGCCGGCAGGGUAAUGCCGUGGUGUGCUGCUACGGCCUGAGUAUGGACCUGCUGUCCUUGGUAGCGCGCGAGCUCGGAUUCCGUUUCGAUCUGUACCUGGCGGAGGACGGGCUGUUCGGCAAGCAGAACAGCCGGAACGGCUCGUGGAACGGCGUGAUGGGUGAGCUGGCGUCCGGCCGAGCACAGCUGGCGUUCGCGGCCUUGAGCGUGUCCACCCAUCGUGCUAAAGUGGUGGACUUCACCACGCCGUACUACUUCAGCGGCGUGAGCUUUCUCACGGCGCCGAAGCUACGUUCCGAGAUACCGCUAUUCGCGUUUCUGUUCCCGUUCAGCACGCAGCUGUGGAUCGCCGUGUUCACGUCGCUGAAUCUCACCGCGAUCGCCGUCGCGAUCUACGAGUGGCUCAGCCCGUUCGGCUUGAAUCCCUGGGGCAGGCAGCGUAGCAAGAACUUCUCCAUCGCCUCCGCGCUGUGGGUGAUGUGGGGCCUCCUGUGCGGCCACCUCGUGGCCUUCAAGGCGCCAAAAUCUUGGCCUAACAAGUUCCUUAUCAACAUUUGGGGCGGCUUCUCCGUUAUCUUUGUGGCCUCGUACACGGCUAACAUAGCCGCCCUUAUCGCCGGUCUCUUUUUUCACUCUGCAGUGAGCAAUUAUCACGAUAAAAGCCUGUUGUCACAAAGAGUUGGCGCACCGAGAGCUUCCGCGGCCGAGUAUUACGUGCAGAAAGCGAAUCCGGAGUUAUGGUCCCACAUGGCUCGUUACUCCUUGUCGGACGUUGCCGAGGGCGUGGAAAAAUUGAGAAACGGCACUCUGGACAUACUGAUCGCGGACACGCCGAUUCUGGAUUAUUACCGGGCGACCGACAACGGUUGUCGCUUGCAGAAAAUCGGCGAUACUAUCAACGAGGAUACUUACGCAAUCGCGCUUACGAGAGGACAUCCUCUGAAGGAGAGCAUAUCUAAAGUUGUAGCGAAUUACACGAGCAACGGGCUGCUUGACAUUCUGCAGGAAAAAUGGUAUGGCGAGCUACCUUGUCUGAGCGGUCGACCAGGGAUGGAGUUAGAUUUCGAGCCGGGUGGUCAACCCAGGCCACUGGGAGUCGCAUCCGUGGCCGGGGUGUUUUGCCUACUCGGGAUGGGCGUGGUGCUCGGUACCAUUAUACUGGUGGGAGAACAUCUCUUCUACAAGUACACGCUGCCGCGAUUACGGCACAGACCGGAGGAUUCCAUCUGGCGUAGUCGCAACGUCAUGUUCUUCUCGCAGAAGCUGUACAGGUUCAUCAACUGCGUGGAGCUGGUCUCGCCGCAUCACGCCGCCCGCGAAUUGGUGCACACGGUGCGACAGGGCCAGAUCGCGUCGCUCUUCCAGAAGAGCGUCAAACGAAAGGAACACGAACAACGUCGCAGACGUAAGAGCAAAGCGCAAUUCUUCGAGAUGAUUCAAGAAAUCCGAAGAGUACAACAGGAAGAGAAGAUCGAGGCGGUAUCCGAGGAGACUGAUGCCAGCAAGACGAAAAAGGAUGAGAAAAAGGACGAGAAGCUGGGAAAAGGUAGAGAGAGGAGUCGCAGCAAGAGUCCGCUGAUGCCUCGAAGCCCCAAGCGAUCGGAGAAGAGUAGGAGCUCGACGAACCUGUCGGCAUCUCGUCUCGGAUUGUCGCCGGUGAGUCUCGACGCGCCGAUGAAGCCGCGGGAGUUCACGCUCAGCAGCACCAAUUUACGCGCGAGAAGCCCGCUAGAGACGGUAGGCCGUAGAUUGAGCCACGGGGACGGCGGUUCGCCGCCGCCGCGUCUCGGCUCUUUCGGCGGCAGCGCCACUCUGCGCCCGUUAGCACCCGCCAGAAGCGACUCGACACCUGGCGGUGGCACGCCGACCGUUCGCCGUGAUUCCGCCGCCGGGGGUGGCGGCGUGCCGACGCCGAGAUACCCUCGUAGUCCGGCCAAGCGGGGCCAGUCCUUCCCGGUGUUCGCCACCCUGAGACCGCCACACUCGGCCGGCUACCAAGCGUCCAGGAGUCCGCUCUUGUCACCGAACAGCGAGCUCACAUCCGCUCACAUCGGGAGGAAACUGUCGCGCGAGUGGGGUUCCGGGACAAUUGACCUCACCAGGUCGUCGGAGGCUAUAGGCAGCACUAGUGGCGGCGGCGGCAGCGGAGGUGGUGGUGGUGGUGGUGGUGGUGGUCGUGGUUCAACGUACACCCUGAAUCAGGAAAUGACGCUUUCCUUGAGUCGUUCCGCGGGCGAGGAGAAGGCUCAGGAGGAAGCGUUGCCGAUCAAGAAGCCCAUACGGCGCGCCAGGAGUCACGAGAAUCGAGACAACAGUAAGCUGAUGGCGGAUCUGCCGUCGCCGAGAUUGACCCAGCCAGUGGUGGGCGGCCAGUUCGUGAGCGAGCGAACCAAGAAGCAGCUGGACUCCGAGCUGAAGGCCAUUUUAACUGCCAGGGCCCACCACCGCGACCUGCAUCCCCCUUGA